CCCACAUUAUAGAAAUAUUUUACGAAGGAGCAUAAAAGACUUACACCAAGACUUUGAUGGCUGUCUCGGGAAUGCCUUCUGCCAAAGCGCUCGUUGCUGCGAGCGAGCCCGUGCGAGUGAUCUUCUCUGCUGGCUCUUACUUGGCUGAUGGUAUCCUCACUGUCAUCACUCUUGUUCAAUACUACAAGUUUCCUGAUCAGUUGCUGAGGCGGAAUUUCUACAACCUGCUCGUCGUUUUGAUCGGAUCUCAGAUAGUCAGUGUCGUGGUUUUCAAGUUGAAAAUACCUGUCGAGCAGCAGCCAAUCCAAUCUGCGCUCUUCUUCCCGCUCAUACAGCUAUGGAACUUGGCUCGACAUCCAAAAGCGUCCAUCGACCGGCGAGAGAUGAGCACCAAGAGCACGCUCUUCAGCAUCGUUAUGCUGACCGUCAAGUCCAGCCAGGCACUCGCGAUCGAGUAUGAUGCCAUCUACAAAAAAAGGCUCUCUUCACCCGGUAACUCCUUCAUCUCACCAGUUCUCAUCCUCGGGGUCAUAGCCACACUGGUCUCCGGAACUCUGAAUGGAAGCAUUGCGGUGGCGUCCAAAACAACCAACGCAAACUCGUGGAAGAAGAAAGCUGGCGUAGCCAUCCUCGCAGGUCGAAGAGAGACAAGCUUUUUCUUCUCUUUGUUUCAAGCCGGAUUCACUGUUUUCUUCCUUGCAGGCCUUCAUAUUGGAUCAGCCAUCCUACUGAAUGCCAUCUCUUGCUCGGUCUUUGUGAUCACGGGAGUCUCAUACUUUCCCUUCGUGAUCGUCCUUCUCUCCACCAGCGGCAUCCUCCUGUGGCUCCUCUUCUGGCUAGUUCUCACACGGGGACCCAAGAUAAACCUCAAACAAUCCACCGGGGCAGUGAUCGCGGCCUUCAUGAGCUUCUGUGCUUCGCCACUCUACGUCCUGGCCAGCGAUGCCCACGAACACAAGGAGCUUGGCACUCGACGCUACCGGAUCAAGCUCCUGUUCAUGGGAAUCGUCAAACUGGCGCCGGAAGUAGCGUCCUGGAUCCUUCUUUUCCGGCGGCCCCGGCCACAGAUUGCCAACGCGAUGUUCUUCGCUCGCCUGGGAUUGGCACAGGCGACGUAUUUCGCCUCUGGGAUCGCCAUUCUCUGGCUGGAUUAUCGUUGCGGCCCCGUUCCCAGUGGCCAUGCAGAGACCGCAGCGAUGGAGAUCAAUGCUGCCGGCGUCGUCCCGGGCGAGCAAGAUUGCGAUCGUCCUGCGAUCGACCUCGUCCCGGGCGAGCAAGAUUUCGACCGUCCUGCGAUCGACCUCGUCCCCAGCAAGCAAGAUUUCGGCGAUCCUGGGCAGAAUUUCGUCGAUCUUGUUGUGGCAGAAGCUCCCAAGCUGGAGAAAUGAUCCAAAACAUCUCCGAUUCGAGGAAGCUCGGAGUAUAUCUGCGGCCUGUGCCUCGCAUUCUACCUAUCCCAGCACAAGAAUCUCGCUUACUUGCCGCUAGACGAGGCGAUCUCUCCAA